AUUACGCAUGUACGUGCACUGUCACGCGGCUAACAACUUCCUGCUUCCGUUUGGGAUUUGAGGUGUCUUCAUCGAUUGGUCAGUGCUGUAGGAGAUGAUGAUGAUGAUGAUGAUGAUGUUGUCCUGGUUUGUGCUGCUGAUGUUUGGGUGUGUUCGUGCUUCUGAACUCACAUUCGAGCUGCCGGAUAACGCCAAACAGUGUUUCUAUGAGGACAUUAUUAUCGGCACUAAAUGCACUCUUGAGUUCCAGGUGGUGACUGGGGGUCAUUAUGAUGUUGACUGUCGUCUGGAGGAUCCUGAUGGAACAGUUCUGUAUAAAGAGAUGAAGAAACAGUACGACAGCUUUACAUUCACUGCAGCGAGAAACGGCACUUAUAAGUUCUGCUUCAGCAAUGAAUUCUCCACCUUUACACACAAGACGGUGUAUUUUGACUUUCAAGUCGGUGACGAUCCUCCACUUUUCCCCAAUGAGAACAGAGUUACUGCUUUAACACAGAUGGAAUCUGCAUGUGUCUCCAUUCAUGAGGCCUUAAAAUCCGUCAUCGACUAUCAGACGCAUUUCCGUCUGCGAGAAGCUCAAGGUCGCAGUCGAGCAGAAGAUCUGAACACUAGAGUGGCAUUCUGGUCCAUCGGUGAAGCCUUCAUCCUGUUAGUGGUCAGUAUCAGUCAGGUGGUUCUUCUGAGGAGCUUCUUCUCAGACAAGAAAACCACCACGACUCGUGUUGGAUCGUAACGCUCGCAGGUUCAUUGCUCAUCACACACGGUGACAUCUCGAAGGGGUUUUUAAAGGAAGUCAUACAUAAAACAGUCAUUUAAACAUCUUGAGCUUGUUUCCUUUAGUCCUGUUGUGUGAACUGAGGUUUCAUAUCCAGCAAAUCAUAUUUUCAGUUCUGAGAGUCAAACAUUUUAAUUUAUUUUGUGGAUUUGUGUUGGAUUUUUUUCACAGAAAUAUAAGUGAAGAUUAAUGGAUAUAUUGACAGAACGGAUGUACAGACACACAGUUACUGUAUGCACAUUGUAUUAUCAUCAUCACUCAUAAUAAUAAUAAUAAGAAUAAUAAGAAUAAAAACAAUAUGUAUAGACUUCAAAUAUUAGUUUGGUAUAAAUAGAACCACUAUCUGUUUUGAAUGGUUUGUGUUGUGAAAAAGCGUGUUUCUUAUGGUCAUAUUUCUCUUCAUGAUGUUGGUGUAAUUGGUGUUUUAUAUGAGCUGUUUUUUGUUUUUAAAUAGUGGUACAUUGAUUUCUUUACCUUGUUUGUUUGGGGGUAAUAAAUGUCUUGAACGCCUCACAGCCUCUUUAUAAAACAUUACAGAGACUGAAAAUGGACACAUUUUCAUAAAAUGUCAUUGAAUAUAUUAUGCUGAAUUAUGGAAGAGGAGCAGUUCUGUCUUCAGAAACAUCUAAUAAAAAAAACUGCACUGA